CACUGAGGGAAAAAUCCCGUUGCGAAAUCAAGCACGUAUGUUGUCAUUUUCGCAACGACCCGUUGUUAUAUUUUUCAACAACGGCUGUUGGUGAAUUGUGCACGAACGUGCUCAAAUUGACACCGAGACGUGGUCAACUUUCGGUACCAACAACAGCCGUGCUUAAUUUGUCCAUUUGUAAUAUUGGUAAUUGCAGCCGAUUACACACGAGUAAAAAAUGACAACGGUGGUGCAUGAUUCACACACGGUCGUUGUCAAUAUGACACCGGUCGUGUAUGAAUUAUGCACCACCACCUGCAUAAUGAUGCACCACCGUUGUUACUUUGUACACCGACGUGCAUGAAUCGUACACGAUCGUUGCCAUUUUAGCAACUACCGUGUAUGAAUCAUGCACCACCGUUGUCAUUUUUUUUACUCGUGUGCAAUCGGCUGCAUAUUUACCAUUUUUUCCGUGUUAUUGAAAGAGAAAGGACGCAUUGUGCAAAAAAUUUAUUGAAAAUGAAUAAUAAUUCGCAAGAUCCUCAAAAUAUCAUUGGUGAGUUGUUAGAAAUCGAUGGCAAUAUUGUUGUGGUUCGCGAUACAAACCAUUACAGCAGUCAAGAUGCGGAAAACAAUGAGGACGAUUAUAUGUUAAGGGAGUUCUUAAAAGGAAUAAAUAUGGAGUCGCUUUUUGAACAAUUAAAAGGUAAGUAAAUAAAAAUGAAUUUUUCAGUUAAUCAGUGUAAUUAACAAAGAAUUUUCUUUUUUGUUCUUUUAGCAUCACAUGUAACAUUUCGCAGCUUGCAGUACUUGAAAAAAGAAGAUUUAAAGGAAGCAGUGCCACCAUUGGGACUGCGUGUUGAAUUCAGAGAAAAGCUCUUUGCUUGGAAAAAACGAAAGCUCGGGAUUGAUGACGAAACUAUGUCAGUUCCAUCUAAAAUAGGUGAAUGGUGGAAACGCAACGAGACACCUGCAAGUACUCCUGGUACUCCCGACACUACAGGUUCGAACUGCUCAAAAGCCAAAGGAAUUUUGUCAGAGGAUCUAACGGAAUUGUUAACACAUACCUCGAAGGGGAAACUAGCGCUUGAAUGUAGUAGCGUUAAUAAGAAAUUAAGUGACGAGCAAAGAGAUGAUAUAAUUAAUAUAAUUAUUGAAGAUAUUUUAACCAACAAUGUUACUCUUUACACUCAAGACUAUAUGCGCAUAUUGGAUGAAAUUUGUUCCGUUUUUCCUCUUGAAAACGAAAUGAGGGAUUAUUAUUACAUUUCAAGAAAAGGAAAGAACAACGCAAGCGGAAAACUUUAUGCCAAGUAUAGAAACAAGAAGUCCAAAAGAAUAAAGCUUUUGAUUUCCGAGCCUAGCACAAGCAAAGCAGCAACUCACACAUCUCCUAAUUUUUGUAACAAAGAUGUUCCCGAAAUUGAUGAAUCAGUUGAAAAUUCAUUGAAAGCUUCCUUACUAAGAGAAUGUAAUGAUUGGGGAUCGAUCUGCGAAAAAUGGAAAAGAUCUUUUAACAUACGGCAAAGAGAUAUAAAAAAUUUAAGUAGCCAUACAUUUCUCCUUGAAUGGACGAAGUUGUCCGAUGCAAGAGCUUCAGAAUUGGUCAACAUUGAUUUCGAUAUUAUGUAUCCACAGAAAGGCAAUCUUCUACUUUCUAAAUGGGACCAAUUUAAGAAAAAAAUUUACAAUUAUUAUGGGAAAAAUAUUCAUAACGAACAUUGCAAACAACUCUUCGCAAAUGUUUUGACGGCAAGCAGCAUAGAUGCUCAAGAUUAUAUAUACGCAAUACUGUUGAAUUCAGUUUUACCAUCACCUGCUAGGUUUAAAUGUGGAAACGGUAAAUUACGAAAAAAAGUAACAAUAGCUGAUUCGCAGGAAAGUUUCGUACUGCGACUACCGACAAUUAACGAUUAUAAAAGGCAAAUUGAUACAGUCACUGAAAAGUAUUACAAUGCUGGAUUAACUAUACAGCCAUUUAUAAUUGUGGAGGGUUUGUCCGAUUUCAAUAUAAAAGGUUUUUAUGUUUUUUUUAACCACAAUUUGUUAAAAUUUCAAUCGUUCCUCGAAUGUUUAGAUACAUGUUUUAAAAUUUUUCAUGCACUUUCUUUAAAAUAUCCAAAUGCCUGCCAAAUUCCAUGGAUUUUUAUCCAAAAAUAUUUUUAUGAAAUUAAUACUGUAUAUGAUAUAAAAUCAGUUAAUUUGACUUCACUUAUUAAUUUCUGCAACAAUAAUUAAAGUACAAUUCAAAAUGUAUAUUUGCUUUCGUUGCCGUAAGCAUUUUGAUAAGGCAAAUCUUUUAAUAGCUCAUUUGAAAACAGACCAUUUAAUGUCCACUAAAUUUUUAAAAGUACAAUGCGUUCAGGACAACUGUAAGCAAACAUUUACAAAAUUUACGUCAUUCAGAAUUCAUUUAGAAAAACUUCACAAGAAUCACACAAAAGCUCCACCAAUGGUUAAAGCCAUUAAUGUGCCAGUUGAAAUGUCAUCAUCAAAAGAAAAUGAUUAUACAAACAGUGAAACUGUUAUU